AGGCUUCCAACCAGCAACACAAAAAUAUACAAAUAUACAGUGUAUAUUAUACAUUGUAUAAAUAUAUUAUAUUAUAAAUAUAUUAUAUUAUAAAUAUUAUUAUAUAAUAUAUAAAUAUUAUAAGAAAAAGUAAUAUAUUUGAGCCACAAUGUCUAGACAUGAAACAUGGAGCCGCUCAAUGCUAAUCCCGGCUAGGAAUAAUGAAGGAGCUAUAUUUCCGGCCACGCGACGCCCGGAUCCGAUUCCAGAUUUGCGAGAGGAUCGACCGUGCAUGGGAUGGCUGCUCGGUUGGGAGUAUGGAAGGAAUUGGCUAAAUCGCCGAGAGGAGGUUACCGAGCAUCGCAACUUGCUCACCAAUUUUGCCAGGAUCCCGCCGGACUUUGACUGGUGGCUCAAUCAGCGUCGUCCGCAUUUGGUACGUCAGCAACGUUUCCGUCCCAACACUGGAGUCCGGAAGACGUUAACGGCUUUUAGCUUAGCCAAGCAGAGACGGGAGUUGUAUUUCCGCAAAAUUGAAGGAAUUCCAAAAGACACCUAAGAACUAUACCAUGGGAACUAUGCUCUAGGAAAUUUGUAUUGUUUUUAUAUACGAUGUAAUUGCAAGUCAGUAAUAUUCCUCAAGCCAAAAUUAUGAAAAUGUAGUCCCUGUAAAAUAUGAAAAAGUAACGAUUGCAACGAGUAAAAA